CUUUAACUUGUAUUUCGCUCCAAAUCACACAGACUCCCCUAAGUGUGCAGCCUUCACCUCUGCCCGAGCGUGAACAGCACCAUCUAACAACUUCGGUGUGGAAGAGGGUCUGAGAUUGUAAAAAGGCUAAAAAGAAGAGCAAAGCCCCGGAACACAGCAGCGAGAUUCCAGAAAAAUAAUCUUCUCGCGAGCUUUGUGAUCUUCUCGCGAGAGAGUUUACAAGCCACGUCAGGAACUAAGGAACCGGGCGCAGAGCGACAGGAACCGGAACCAACUGGCCGCGACAACAGGCUCUCUCGGGCCUUUUUGAUGGGCAGGACUUCCGCCCAAUAGCGGACUUCCCCCGGAAGAGCCUGGGAUUUCCGCUGGUUUCCGAACUCGCUACCGGUCCUGUGAGGUCCGCGUCUGUGUGGAGAUGGCUUGCGCCGCUGCACGGUCCCCGGCAGACCAAGACAGGUUUAUUUGUAUCUACCCUGCUUAUUUAAAUAAUAAGAAAACCAUCGCAGAAGGGAGACGGAUCCCAGUAAGUAAGGCUGUUGAAAAUCCUACAGCUACAGAGAUUCAAGACGUAUGCUCAGCAGUUGGACUCAAUGCAUUUCUUGAGAAACAUAAAAUGUACUCUAGGGAAUGGAAUCGUGAUGUUCAGUACAGAGGCAGAGUCCGGGUCCAGCUCAAGCAGGAAGAUGGCAGCCUCUGCCUGGGACAGUUCCCAUCGCGUAAGUCAGUAAUGUUGUAUGCAGCAGAAAUGAUACCUAAACUGAAAACAAGGACACAGAAAACAGGAGGCGGUGACCCAAAUCUUCAGCAAGGAGAGGGAAGUAAAAAGGGAAAAGGAAAGAAGAAGAAGUGAUCUCUGCGCACCAAGCAGGUGACCCUACUGUAAGGGACAUGAUGAAGGCUUCUUUGUAGCUGAGGGAAACAGCUUUUCCUUUGCGUCAGUCGUCCGCACUGUGAACAUUGGUGCCUGCCAUCUUCAUCACCAGAGUUAAAAGGAAAUGAGUACAUCAGAGCACAGCACACUCACAGUCUACAUCUACCUGCUGUGCAGUGUAAAAGAAGAACAUUUCAAUGAAUAGUUUUUGUGGAAGAAUGAGUAUUUUUAAAUGGACAGUGGACUAUUCCAGAAGUUAAGAGAAAUCCUGCGUCUGCCCUCUGUGUUUAAUAAGAUUUGAAGUACACAUUUUGUUCACCUUUUAAGUUAAUGAAAUAAAUUUUUAAACUGCC